GUCAUCUCUGUGCGCCAUUCCGAAGAAAACAGCAGCGGGAAAAUGGCGGACGUGGUGAACGUUGGCGUGAAUCUGGACGCUUUUUCUCACGCAAUCAGCGGCAUUCAGGCGCUGCGGUCGAGCGUGACUCGCGUGUUCGAGUCCCUUAAAGAUGGCAUGAAGAACCGCGAGACGCUGGAGGGACGCGAGAAGGAGUUUCUGGCCGAGUUCCAGGACAACCUGCAGGCGGUGAACCGAGACCUGAAUGAGCUGGAGCGGCUCAGUGGUCUGGUGGGCCGUCCCUCAGAGUCUCAUCCCCUUCACAACAGUGGUCUGCUCAGUCUGGACCCGGUUCAGGAUAAAACUCCUCUGUACUCUCAGCUCCUUCAGGCCUACAAGUGGUCCAACAAGCUGCAGUACCACGCCGGCUUAGCCUCCAGUCUGUUAAACCAGCAGUCGCUCAAGCGAUCCGCCAAUCAGAUCGGAGCUUCAGCCAAAAGAAGACCCAAAGUCCAGCCGAGCACCCUGGUGCUCCCCCCUCAGUACGUGGACGACGUCAUCUCGCGGAUCGGCAGGAUGUUUCCGGAUAUGUCCAUCGAGCUUUUCAGACCCAACGGCACGUCUGCCGUGCUGCUGGUGACUCUGGGGAAAGUGUUGAAGGCCAUUGUCGUGAUGCGCUCGCUCUUCAUUGACCGAACAGUUGUCCGGGGAUACAACGAGAAUGUUUACAACGAAGAUGGAAAGCUGGACAUUUGGACCAAGUCUCAGUACCAGGUGUUUCAGAAGGUAACAGACCACGCCACCACUGCCCUGCUGCACUACCAGCUGCCCCAGAUGCCUGAUGUGGUGGUCCGGUCCUUUAUGACCUGGCUGCGCAGCUACAGCAAACUCUUCCAGGCUUCUUGUCAGCGAUGUGGUCACUUCCUCCAGGACGGACUCCCACCAACGUGGAGGGACUUUAGGACCCUGGAGGCAUUUCAUGACACCUGUCGAAUGUAAAGGGACACUUCCUGUUGAUAGUUUUUGUAUAUCAUAUUUUGAUUUGUAUAAAAGAAUAAUCCAUUUUGA